AUGAAGCUCUUCAUGUGCUUCGGCGGUGCGGCGGCGGCGGCGGCGGCCGUGGUCGACGACGAAGCGGCCGAGGGCGUCGUCGGUGGCGUCCUCGGCGCUGCUGAGCUCCGCGUCGUCGCUGGACUCGGACACAUCGGCGUCGUCUCGCUCCUCCACCGCCUCGUCGUCGCCGUCGGUCUCGGGGUGCUUUAUCCGCCGCCAGUCAAGCGGCAGGCGAGUAACAAUAAGAGGCCCGCGUCGUCGUCCCCGGCGGCGGGCGCGGCGGCCGUGGUGCUGUGCCUCCUUAUGGUGGUGUUCUGCGGCCGGGUCGGGGCCACGCUGCUCACGUCCACGGCGCUCUACCUCUUCCCGGGGCGGUGGCCCGCGAGGACGACGCGUAAGGAGAAGAGGGGCGCCGUCGACUCGCUGGAGUGCGACGCCGCGUCGGCAAGCGAGGCCGAGGAAGAGGCGACGGCGAAGAGGAAGGUGGUUAUGGAGGGGUCCAUCGUGAGGAACCGCAACAAGUGA